GGCCGCGCCGCCUCCGCCGGCCUCUCUCGGCAAGUUUGUCGGGCCCCCUGCCCCCCGCGGACCUCCGUGGCCGCUCAGCGGAGCCCAGACCUGCCGGUACGUAGAAAACUCGAGCUGGAAGAGGAGGCGGAGGAAGCGGAGGAGGAGGCAAGCGCGGCGGACGCGGCCCGGGAUGGAGUCUCCUUGAGGGCAGCGGCGGCGGCUUCGGCGACGCCUUCCUUGGCUCUUCCCACCAGGCUUCUACACCUGGACCAUCAACUAGGGCAAAGUUAUCACCAAUGGCAGUAAAACUCAUUUUCUGGGGGUCAAGAUGAGAAGGAGAUGAGAGAUGCCUUGGUUGCCUUUGGGUCAUAGCAGGAUUUGGUCAAACAAGGUCUUAUGGACUAAUUGGCUCUCAUUCAGCAGGAACCUAACAGAUAAGUCAUCCUGCUGUAUGUCAAGACAAUGCUUGGUUUUAAGACUGCUCUGAAAAUGAUUAAAGUGGUAUUGCAACGUGACAUUGUCAGGGGGCAACAAGCAGCUUGAGAAUUUCCCAUUAAUCAAAUAGCCUUGAAGGAAGCUUCUCUCCAUUAGGUAGGACUGCAUGGCCAGCAGCCCCCACUGAAGGGUGAAAAUGAGUGUCCCAGUGGCUCCGAAGAAAUCAUGUUACGCUCAGUUGCGGGACAACAGAAAUGGAGUGAAAAAUAAUAAUGAGAGUAUCCUAAGUCUGGGGGAUACAAAUGCCAAUCAAAUCAUGUUGGAGGUCAGUUCCUCUCAUGAUGAGUCCGAGACACGUGACCUGACAGAUGAAAUUGGAAAUGCAAAUUCAAGCGAGCCAGAGAAUAGUACCCAUUUCAAUAAGGAAUUUCACCAAUUUCAGGGCUUUGGGAAAGGAUCGCAGGCUGGCCCUAUCAGUCUGAAAGAUUUUAAGUUUUCCCUGACCGUCCAUGGAGGACUACAUGACGAGCACACAACGGAGAGAGGCACAGAUAUCCUCCAGACCCCUCGCAGUGUUCAGGGACCAGGUCUGUCAACUUGGAGGAAUGUUAUGGCUGAGGCCAGUCCAGAGGUUUUGACUAAAAGGGAUGCUGAACUUCCCCGGCAUGCUCCUAAGGAUAAGUUGGCAAAGACCCUUGACAAUGAGGAAUUGAGAAGACAUUCUUUGGAAAGAGCGAGCAGCUCUGCCGUUGUAGCAGAUGUUCCCAUGAAGGAGCACGGUGGGAGCCUUGGUGGGAGCCUGACCUGGCAGCGUCUGCAGCCUGCGCCACUGGACUCCCCUGAAGCCCUGCGUCCUGAGCCCAGUGGCAGGGAGGGGCCGCAGAAGAUCUUGACAGCCCCCUCUCGAGGAGCAGCUUCUCCUCCAGCUGACAGUACCUCAGAAGGAAAGAGCGUGUGUCAUCCUAAACCAUCUACCUCAGCAACCAAGGAGACCACCCCUGUAGAGACCCAGAGGGAGAGGGCACAGGGCCCAGACUUGAGCAAUGAGAGCACAUCACAUUCUGCCCAUCCAGAGCCUGGUCUGGAUUCAGCCUCAGCACUGAAGGGGGUCCUGAGGAAGCCAGAAGCACAAUUAGGUCAGGGGAAGGGAGAGCUCAAGCCAGAGCUGAAAUUUGUCCAAGCCAGGGCUGUGCAGGAGUUCAAGGCAAUCCAGGCCGAGUGUCUGGGGUGCCCAAAGGAAGGUGGCAUGUUACCCCUCGAAAGAAAGGAUCCAGGUGGGAAAGCACAGCAGGAGGCUGCCACCGGGGCACGUAGUCUGUCACACAGCAGUGUGCACCCCAUUGGUGUGGGAAGAGGCAGGAGUGAGCAGGACAAGAGAGCAGGCCACCUGGGUGAGGAGGAUUCUCUCCAGACCACGCCCACUCAAGGCCCUGCUUCCUUGGCAGCUGCUGAUAAGCAGCCCUCUGGCAGCAUUUCAGCAAGCACAGCUAGGAAGUUGGAUGAAGUGGCGUCUGGCAGCAUUUUGUCAGGUGAUGGGCAUGUAUCUUUUAUUCCCUAUGACCUACCUGACAGCAGGCCCUCAGAUGUCAGUGAGGAGAGAGCACUGGACAGUGGGAACGUAGACAGUGCUGCGGCUUGUGCUUCAGACCCUUCUGUUGGAGAGAACAGCCCGGGGGUCCCUGAACCCCUUGGCCCUCAAAGCAGCAGCCCAGAAGUAGGUGACCACAAAGAGAGCACGACAUCUGUCGCGGAAGAUAGGAACAUUCUAGAAAAGGCAACUGAGACUGAAAGCACCCUGGGGAGAGCAGGGGCUCUUCUCAGUGGCCCGGCACCCCUCCAUCCAGAGACAACUGUGAAUGUGAUCCACCAGCCUCCACCACCUAGUGGCGGUGUUCAGGACCUAGGCGCAUUGGGUGCAGAUGCCAGGUCAUCCUCAGCCACUGCACCCCCCACUGACAGUGCAUGGUUGUUGAACACCCCCCCGAAAGUGCCUGACAAGAGCACCUGCCCCAGUGGGAUCCCUGAGCCUGUCUUCCUGCAUCCUGAGGACACCCCUUCCUCACAGGAGGGAGUGGAGAACCACCAGGUUGAAAAAGUAGAAGAGAGGACAGAACCCAAGCCCAUCAUUCUGCCCAAGCCCAAGCAUGUGAGGCCCAAGAUCAUCACCUACAUCCGGAGGAGUCCUCAGGCCCUCAGCCAAGUGGACACUUCACUGCUUCCAGUGGGGCUUCCUUAUGCUCCACCCACAUGUGCCAUGCCUCUUCCCAAAGAGGAGAGGGCAGCAAGUGGUGAGCUGAAGCCGCCUGCCAGUCUCUAUGAGAAAUACAAGCCGGACUUGCAAAAGCCACGAGUGUUCAGUUCUGGGUUGAUGGUGUCUGGGAUCAAGCCCCCAGGGCACCAUUUCAGUCAGAUGAGUGAAAAGUUUUUACAGGAGGUUACAGAACGCCCCGGAAAAGAAGAAUUUUGUUCUCCUUCCUAUACUCAUUAUGAAGUUCCUCCAACUUUCUAUCGAUCGGCCAUGCUCCUGAAGCCCCAGUUGGGAUUGGGUGCAAUGUCCCGUUUGCCAUCUGCAAAGAGCAGGAUCCUGAUUGCGAGUCAAAGGUCCUCAGCAGGUGCCAUCCACCCACCAGGACCCAUCACAGCAGCUGCCAGCCUCUACAGUUCUGAUUCUGCAGCAGAUUUAAAGAAAGCCUCUGGUUCAAAUGCUGCAAAAUCCAAUCUGCCAAAAUCUGGACUUCGUCCUCCUGGAUACUCGCGCCUCCCAGCAGCCAAGCUGGCAGCCUUUGGCUUCGUGCGGAGCUCCAGUGUGUCCUCGGUCUCCAGCACCCAGUCUGUGGACAGCGCGCAGCCCGAGCAGAGCCGGCCAGCCAACCGGUCAACCUUUGGGAAUGAAGACCAGCCGGCUCUGAAGGCAGCUUUGCCUUCCAAAGACACACCCAAGGCGGCCAGCCGGGCAGCCCCUCCAGCAUCCUCCAGUGUGACAACACCCCGCAGGAGUUUGCUUCCAGCGCCAAAAUCCACAUCUACACCUGCUGGGUCAAAGAAAGAAGUACAAAAAGAUCAAGAUGCUAAUAAACCUGCUGUAUCAUCUCCUAAGAGAACCGUGGCUUCAGCCACCAAGCUUCAUUCUUCACCAGGAUACCCCAAACAGAGGACUGCAACUCCCCGAAAUGGAUUUUCACCUAAGCCUGACCUUCAGGCCCGAGAAGCAGAACGGCAGCUGGUCCAGCGGCUGAAGGAGAGGUGCCAACAGCAGGCCAGGCAGCUGGGCCUCAUGCAGGGGGAGCUGCGGAGGGCCCUAUGCGGCUUCCAAGCUCUCGCCGUGUCCACUCAGUAUUUCUCCAGAAAGAGUGAAAGUGCCCUUGUGAAAGAAAAAGAGCUGUCAAUCGAACUUGCAAACAUCAGGGAUGAAGUUGCCUUCAAUACGGCCAAGUGUGAGAAACUACAAAAGGAGAAGGAGGACGUGGAGAGGCGGUUUGAGGAGGAGGUGCGGAAGCUGGCCUGGCAGCAGCAGGCGGAGCUCCAGGACCUGGAGGAGAGGCUGCAGCUGCAGUUUGAGGCCGAGAUGGUGCGCCUGCAGGAGGAGCAUCACGCCCAGCUGCUGCGGAUCAGGUGUCAGCACCAGGAGCAGGUAGAAGAUCUCACAGCCAGCCAUGAGGCUACUCUCCUAGAGAUGGAAAAUAACCACACGGUAGCCAUCGCAAUCCUGCAGGAUGACCACCACCACAAAGUCCAAGAAUUGAUGUCUACCCAUGAACUUGAAAAGAAAGAAUUGGAAGAAAAUUUUGAAAAGCUGCGGCUGUCGUUACAGGACCAGGUGGACACGCUGACCUUCCAGAGCCAGUCUCUGCGGGACCGCGCCAGGCGCUUUGAGGAGGCUCUGAGGAAGAACACCGCGGAGCAGCUGGAGAUUGCAUUGGCUCCCUAUCAGCACUUGGAAGAAGACAUGAAGAGUCUGAAGCAGGUAUUAGAGAUGAAAAAUCAGCAAAUACACCAGCAGGAAAAGAAGAUCAUUGAGCUGGAAAAACUGGCGGAAAAGAAUAUUAUCCUAGAAGAAAAGAUCCAAGUUCUCCAGCAGCAAAAUGAAGACCUCAAAGCAAGGAUUGACCAGAACACCGUUGUCACAAGACAACUGUCGGAGGAAAAUGCCAAUCUGCAGGAAUAUGUGGAGAAAGAAACCCAGGAGAAGAAGAGAUUGAGCCGAACCAACGAAGAGCUGCUUUGGAAGCUCCAAACUGGGGACCCAACCAGCCCGGUUAAACUCUCGCCCACGUCCCCCGUCUACCGUGGCUCCUCCUCGGGGCCCUCCUCGCCCGCCAGAGUCAGCGCGACGCCCAGAUGACCCGCCCAGCGCUUCCACCGGGACGGACAGACGGACGGAGUCUUGACCGGGGGCCGCCCGGGGCUGGCCCUGCGCGCAUGCUCAGUAGCUGCAUAGCUGCAUCCUAAGCAAAGUCCUCUUCUGAUCCUCAUAUAAGACUGUCCUGGUGUUGGCACUUAGGAAAGUGUAAACGGUAGUGUCUGAUGUGCAAACGUUUGACCGUAGUUAGAGCCAAAAGAAAGGAAGAAACUCCAGUUGUUCUUGAGCAAUGAACUUUCACUGCAGAAUUUCAGGUUCGUUACAAAUAGCUCAGUUUUGAAUAUACAUUGAAUAAUC